UUUAAUUGAUUCAUGCUGGAAGAUCAAAGUUACACAGCUCUCGAUUCAAACUUCUCACCAUGUCAGCAAUCGGUCCCUUCCCAGACCCAGCCCCAGGCUGCAAGCCAGCCGCCGCCCCGGCCCUGACCGCCGACCAACAGGCCAAGUACGAGCAGCUCCUUGCUGAUGUUCGCACCUGGGAGUCGCCGGUUGAGCCCUCGGACAAGAGCGCUGAGACGGGAGCCCUCACCGACGGUCAGCGCAUGUGGCUCACCCGCGAGUGCCUUCUGCGAUAUCUUCGUGCUACCAAGUGGAAUGUCCAGCAAGCCGCUCAACGCCUGCGUGGCACAUUGACGUGGCGCCGGGAGUAUGGAACUGACGGAUUCACGGCCGAUUACAUUUCCGAGGAGAACGAGACUGGCAAGCAAGUCCUGCUCGGCUUUGACAAUGAGGGAAGACCGUGUCUCUACCUACUGCCCAAGAACCAGAACACCAAGGAAUCGCCCAAGCAGGUCGAGCACUUGGUAUACAUGCUGGAGCGCACCAUCGACAUCCACCCAGCUGGCCAGGAAAGCUUGGCACUACUCAUUGACUUCAGGAACACCGGAUCAACUCCUAGCUUGGGAACAGCAAAGGCUGUCCUUAACAUCUUGCAGAACCACUACCCGGAGCGACUUGGCAGGGCACUGCUCACAAACCUCCCCUGGUAUGUCAGCACAUUCCUCAAGCUGGUGAAUCCCUUCAUCGAUCCCGUCACCAAAUCGAAGAUCAAGACGAACGAGCCGCUCCCGAACCACAUCCCCGCCUCCCAGCUCAUGAAGGCCUCUGGCGGUGAGGUCGACUUCAAAUACGACCACUCUGUCUACUGGCCUGCUCUCGAGAAGAUCACCAACGAGAAGAGACAACAAAGGAAAGCGCGGUGGGAAAAGGGUGGCAAGAUUAUCGGAGAGAGCGAGAUCUACCUGUGGGGUGGAGACGAGCCCAGCCUCAGCACUGGAAAGGCAGAGCCAGCGGCAGCAAACGGACACACUCAGGUUGCCGAUUCAAAAGACGCUGCAGCAGGUGCUGCAGCGGGACAAGCCAACGGCGCCGAGCUCGUUGACGGUGUGGAAAAACUUGACAUCAAGGAGGGUGAGCCGGUCAAGGCUGAAGCAUGAGCGUCAGGCUUGGUCUCUAAAAUGCCAUCUCAUGUUCAUUCGGGUAGACUAAUAUUGUUUUAGAAAACGAUCAGUAGGCAAAAGCUUAGGGUGACGGCGCGAAUAAUGUCUAUAUUGU